AGCACCGCCCCGCGCAACAGCUGUACCUCGUCGGCUUCGGCCCGGGCCAGGCGGCGCCAUGGCCUCGGCGGCGGUGGAGAGCUUCGUGACCAAGCAGUUGGACCUGCUGGAGCUCGAGAGAAGCGCGGAGGUCGAGGAGCGCAGGUCCUGGCAGGAAAACGUCUCUCUGAAAGAGCUCCAGAGCCGAGGCGUCUGUUUGCUGAAGCUGCAGGUCUCCAGCCAGCGGACCGGGCUCUACGGGCGGCUGCUGGUCACCUUCGAGCCCAGGAGGUGCGCGUCGGCAGCUGUGCUUCCCAGUAACAGCUUUACGUCAGGCGACAUCGUGGGCCUGUAUGACGAGGACAGUCAGCUGGCCACGGGGGUCCUGACCCGCGUCACCCAGAAGCUGGUCACGGUGGCCUUGGACGCGUCCCAGGAUUUCCAGUUGAGUUUGGACCGAGAGCGUUCCUACCGACUCUUAAAACUUGCCAAUGAUGUCACUUACAAGCGACUGAGAAAGGCGCUGACCACCCUGCAGAAGUAUCACUCCGGCCCCGCGAGCGCGCUCAUCGAGGUCCUCUUCGGCGCGUCGGCCCCCGGUCCUGCCAGUGACAUCCCACAGGUGCGAGGGGGCGGCUGGGCGCCUGGGAGCUGGAGCCUAACUGUCGCCUGUCCCGCAGCCCCGCUGAUCUUCUACAACACCGCCCUGGACGCCUCCCAGAGGGAAGCGGUCCUGUUCGCGCUGUCCCAGAAGGAACUCGCCAUCAUCCACGGGCCUCCUGGCACUGGGAAAACCACCACCGUGGUCGAAAUCAUUCUGCAAGCUGUGAAACAGGGCUCCAAGGUCCUGUGCUGCGCACCCUCCAACAUCGCCGUGGACAACCUGGUGGAGCGUCUGGCCCAGUGGAAGCAGAGGAUCGUGCGCCUGGGGCAUCCAGCCCGGCUCCUGGAGUCCAUCCAGCAGCACUCCCUGGACGCGGUCCUGGCGCGGAGUGACAGCGCCCGGGUCGUGGCGGACAUCCGGAGGGACAUCGACCAGGUCCUCGGGAAAACCGAAAAGACCCAGGAUAAAAGAGAGAAGAGUCAUUUUCGAGAUGAAAUCAAGCUGCUGAGGAAGGAACUGAAGGAGAGGGAGGAAGCGGCCAUGCUCGAGAGCCUCACGGCGGCCCGCGUGGUCCUCGCCACAAACGCAGGUGCCUCUUCGGACGGGCCCCUGAAGCUGCUGCCCGACGGCCACUUUGACGUGGUGGUCAUUGACGAGUGUGCCCAGGCCCUGGAAGCCAGCUGCUGGGUCCCGCUGCUGAAGGCCAGGAAGUGCAUCCUGGCCGGGGACCACAAACAGCUGCCCCCCACCAUCAUCUCGCACAAGGCGGCGCUGGCAGGGCUGGCCCUCAGCCUGAUGGAGCGCCUGGUUGAGGAGCGCGGCGCGGGGGUGCUGCGCAUGCUGACCGUGCAGUACCGCAUGCAUCGGGCCAUCUCGCAGUGGGCCUCGGAGGCCCUGUACCACGGGCGGCUCACAGCCCACGCUUCCGUGGCCGGGCACCUCCUGCGGGAUCUCCCAGGAGUGGCUGCCACCGAGGAGACAGGCAUCCCCCUGCUGCUGGUGGACACGGCCGGUUGCGGGCUCUUUGAACUGGAAGAGGAGGAUGAGCAGUCCAAAGGGAACCCUGGUGAAGUGCGCCUCGUCGGGCUGCACGUGCAGGCCCUGGUGGACGCGGGGGUUCCAGCCGGCGACGUUGCCGUCAUCACACCGUACAACCUGCAGGUGGACCUGCUCAGACAGAGCCUGGCGCAGAGGCACCCCGAGCUUGAGAUUAAGUCGGUGGACGGCUUCCAGGGCCGAGAGAAGGAGGCCGUGAUCCUGUCCUUCGUCAGAUCCAACCGGAAAGGCGAGGUGGGCUUCCUCGCCGAGGACCGGCGCAUUAACGUCGCCGUCACCCGCGCACGGCGCCACGUGGCCGUGGUCUGUGAUUCCCGCACCGUCAGCAACCACGCCUUCCUGAAGACCCUGGUGGCCUACUUCGCCGAGCACGGGGAGGUGCGCACGGCCUUUGAGUAUCUCGACGACCUCGUCCCCGAAAACUACUCCCACGAGGGCGCCCAGGGCCACAGUCGGGCCGGUGCAAAAGCCCGGGGCUCUGCCCCGCCAGCCAGGAGAGCUCCCGGGAGCAGGCAGCCCGCAGGGGCCAGGCCAGGCUGCAAGAAGCCGGGCGGGACGCCCUCCGACUCUGAGGCCCCGCCUCAGCCCAGCCUCAGCGGAGGCCGCCCGCGGGGAGCUGGGAGCCGAGACGGCGCAGAUCGCUUGAGGGCCACGAUAGUGGAGUUUGUGUCCAGCGAGAAAACGCAGUUGGCGUUUCCCGCCUCCCUGAACUCGCAUGACAGGCUGCGGGUCCAUCAGAUAGCAGAGGAGUUCGGGCUGAGGCACGACAGUGCUGGGGAGGGCAGGGAGCGCUUCAUCACCGUGAGCAAGAGGGUCCCACCAGCCCCUGCGGCCCCGCCACCCCCGGCAGAGGCCGGCAGCAAAGCCCCUCUCUGUCCAGAGCCCCCCAGCCCCACACACACAGAGGCCCCCGUCGGGGCGCAGAGCAGCCGGGACCAGCUGGACCUGAAGGCGCUGCACCUCGAGAGACUACAGAGGGCGAGGAGCCGGCAGGAGCAGCAGGCCAGGGAGGGGCCACAGGCUGCGGGCUCCAAGCCGCGGAAGUUCCCGGAAAAGAAGAAGAAAGAAGCCAAAGGACCCACGGCCAUAGACCUGCCGGCUGAGGAGGACUUUGACGCCCUGGUCUCAGCCGCCAUCAAGGCUGAUAACACCUGUGGCCUCGCGAAGUGCCCAGCCAGCGUGGUGACCCUGGGCCAGCUCUGCCAGCACUGCGGCCGCCGCUACUGCCUCAGCCACCACCUGCCCGAGGUCCACGGCUGCGGGGAGAGGGCUCGCGCCCACGCGCGGCAGAGGAUCAGCCGGGAAGGAGUCCUCUAUGCUGGCAGCGGGGCCAAGGACAGGUCCCUGGACCCAGCCAAGAGGGCGCAGCUGCAGAGGAGGCUGGACAAGAAGCUGGAGGAGCUGACCGGCCAGAGGAAGGGCAGGAAGAAGGAGAAGGGGCAGUGAGGGCCAGCGCCACGCCGCCUCCGGGCCCAGCGUCGUUGGCAAUGUGGCUGCAGGGCGAGUGGGCUUCCCCCAGCUGCUUUCUGUUCCCUGUGGCUGCUCCUGGCGACAGGGGUGCUGCCAGACCCAAGCCGUCCUCCAAGCCGCGGGGCCAGGUGCCUGCCGGUGGCAAGCUUCUCUGAUGCACUGGAUGGCGGCAGAGAGGCCACGCCAGGGCCAGCGGCCCCUCCUCAGGGCUGGGGGCGGCCCGGGGGCACUGUGUGCCAUCCUCACUCCCGCCCGGACUGUUUCCCGUCUCAUCUUCCCUCCUGGUCAGAACCGAAUCCCCAGCCUCUGAGCCCCGGGCGGCCACGGGGACAGGAGGAGCCGUGCCUCCGAGAUGAGCCUGGGCCUUAGACUCCGCGAGAGCGACGUCCCACCGCCCAGGGCCGGCUGGCCGCCCGCCCAUCAGGUGAGAGGGCGCACAGCUAAGGCACUCGGAGCCCGCCUGCCCCGGGUCCCCGGGCGGCUCGGCCUCUGCUGGAGCCGGACUUCACCGAGGUCAUUUUCUGUCUCCUGUGGCUGCAGCCACCCCACCCUGACCGGACAGGGCAGCAGGCAGAGCCCUGGCCGUCGCCUGCUCCCGGCAAGUCUGGCGUCGCCCCAGAGUGUGGCUUACGGGGGCUCCCUGGCCUGGCCCAACCUGUCCCCAUGCUGUUCCCGUUGUCAGUCCUGCAAAGGGGUGGCCCUGGGCGCCCGCUUUGCUGACACGCUCACCCUGAGCCCUCCAAGAACCUCUCCUGGAUGUGUUGUUUUAGCCUCAGGGAUUUCUUUGUUUCAAAAGGAUGUAAAUUAUUUAAAAGUUAAAUGACUUA